AUGACGAUUAAGCUAGUCAUUGGAGGAUAUACCUUCAGUGUUAUUAGUGCUUAUGCGCCUCAAGUGGGCUUGGACAAGGAGGCCAAAAAGCUCUUUUAUGAGGAUUUGGAUGAGGUAGUUAGAGGUAUACUGAACACUGAGAGACUUGUCAUUGGUGAAGAUUUUAAUGGCCAUAUUGGGGCAACUUCUAGUGGCUUUGAUGAUGUUCAUGGAGGCUUUGGUUUUGGGGAGAGAAAUGGAGGUGGAACUUCGCUUCUGGAUUUCGCUAAAGCCUUUGAGUUGGUGAUUGCUAACUCAUGCUUUCCGAAGAAGGAAAACCACAUGGUUACCUUUCGUAGCUCGACAGCUAAGACUCAGAUAGAUUACUUACUACUUAGGAAGGGUGAUAGAGGUCUCUGUAAGGAUUGCAAGGUUAUCCCAAGUGAAAAUCUUACUACCCAACACAAGCUUUUGGUGAUGGACCUGGAAAUUAAGAAGGAUAGGAGGAAAAAGAUUGUUUUUUAUCGACCGAGGAUUAAAUGGGGUGGCUUGACCACUGCCCUUUCUCGGGAGAUGGGCGAGAAGUUGACUGGGAUGGGGGCUUGGAGUGGUAACGGGGAUGCAGACACCAUGUGGAAUAAAGCAGCUAGUUGCAUUAGGGAAGUUGCUUCAAAGGUGUUUGGGGUAUCAAGGGGUAACUUUAGAGGCCAUAAAGGAGAUUGGUAG